AUGUCUCAUAAACGUUUCAAUCCGCUGACGGCUUCUUCAAGUGACGAAGAUGAAUUGGAGACUCCAAUCAGAGAAGUUGAAGACUCUUCAUCGGAUGAAGAAACUGAUUCCGAUUCCGACUCCGAACUCGGGAAGAAGGAUGAGGUUGUAACCGAAGUUUCUGCCUUAAACAAUCAAGAAUCCAAAAGUGUGAAAAUUUCUGAGAAAUCAGUGGCAAAGCGUUCUCGUGAAACACAUGAAGCACAAGCGUCUGCGGAUGUGAAGAAGGCCAAGAAGGUGAAGAAGAGGGGAGGAGGAGGAGGAGAAGAAGCUGAGACAAAGAAAGCUUAUUUCCAACGAGUUUGGACAGAUGACGAUGAGAUUGUAGUUUUAGAAGGUUUUAUCGAUUACAAAAACGAUAGUGGGUAA